AUGGCCAAUGACCACUGGCAGACAGAAUGUUCAACGGUCAGCGAAAGAACCAAGUUCAUUUUCAACAACGAGCUGUUAAGCGAUGUGAAGUUCAUCGUUCCUGCGCCAAAUAUUAGUGAAAGUGCAAGCCGGAAGAUGAUUCCAGCUCACAAGUUCGUUCUUGCAAUCGGCAGUCCGGUGUUCUGUGCCAUGUUCUACGGUAAAAUGGCGGAGAGUAAGGACUCCAUUACACUACCUGACUGUGAGUACGACAGUCUGCUGGAGUUUUUUCGUUACUUGUAUAUCGAUGAAGUAAACCUAACCGGAAGUAAUGUGAUGCAUGUUCUGUACUUGGCGAAGAAGUACAUGGUUCCGUCACUUGUUGAUAAAUGCAGUGAGUAUCUGCGAGACAACCUGGAAGCAGCCAAUGUGUUCUCCAUUCUGCCGCACGCUAAGAAAUUUGAGGAUAAAGAUUUGGAAGAUCGAUGCUGGGCCGUGAUCGAGAAGCAGACAGAGGAGGCUGUGUCGUCUGAGGAAUUUGUCACGCUAGAGAAGCCACUUGUGGAAUCUCUUGUGAAGAGAGAAGUAUUGAAUGCGAAGGAAGUAGAAUUGUUUAAAGCCGUUGAUCGCUGGGCAACUAAAGAAAUGGAUAGACAGGGAAUAACUUCUGAUAGUGAAGCCAAAAGAAGAAUAAUUGGAGAGGAAAUCUUGAAGGCCAUCAGGUUUCCGCUGAUGUCAGAGAAGGAAUUGCUUUCUGUUGUCGCCGACAGUAACAUUCUGACAAUGAAAGAAGUUGUUGAAUUGAUGAAACACUUCAACGGUGUAUUGACUACCCCUUUGAAGUUCUCGGUAGUCCCAAGAACCAAACCCUUUACUGUUAGCUGCCAUCGAUUUGAAUCAUUAUGGGGCCCUAGAGAUUCUUGGUAUUACACGCUUGGAAAGAGUGACCGUGUCUGUUUCACCGUCAGCAAGAACAUACAUUUAAUAGGGGUGGAGCACUUUGGAAGAGAAGGAAGCAGUUACACAGUCAGUGUUGAUUUGAUUGACACUGUAAGUGGUUUGUGUGUUGUGAAGAAAUCGGGAUCGUACAUCUCAGAGUUUAAACAACACGAUUCCAAGAUGUUUUAUGGCUUUGAUGUUUCGAUGUUUAAUAGUCCAGUACAUCUAAAGCAGUAUAACCGUUAUGAAUUAGUCUCCCUCAUUAAAGGUGAUACUUCAUUUUCUGGAGGGAGUGGAAAAGCAAACCUCGAGUGUCAUGGAAUGUCUGUUACUUUCAGCAACUCAGAAGUAGCAGAUGACAGUAAUGGAACAUCAGUUGUCGGGGGCCAGUUCCCUGCUUUAUUAUUUCAGUUAUUUAGGUAGCUCAUCACCAUCAUCAUCAUCAUCAUCAUUACCAUCCGACAUUAUCAUACACGUUAUUUAAACACGGUGAACACAUCAGUUAUAAUAAUUGUAACCAGGGCUGUGCUCUAGCAGAGCCCGGUGGCCUCUGGCGCCUAACUUUUGCCCUUGGGCGACUAGAAAAUCUCAGAUUUUUCAUACAAAUCAUAUGCUGGGCACCCUUGUUUUUACAGUUUCAGAGCACUGGGCUCCCUUCAAUUUUCCCUAGAGUACAGCCUUGGUAACUGAUUGUUUUAUUAUUUUAAUUGUCCUAUGAUUAUUACAGGACAAUUAAAAUAAAAAACUGAUUUUCAUGUUUGCCGUGUGGGAGUACUAGGGUAGCAUCAGGCAAUUGAUUACAUUUUUGAACGUGGUAAAAGAUCUGGUCUCUCUUGCAUUUUGGGAAGGGCUAUUCCACGAGUGGUCCCCACUGUAGCGGAUCAGACUUCACCUAACGAAUUCAGUACGGGGCAUGGGUAGAGCUAACUUAUUUGCCUUGUCUUUAAGAUUGUAUUCCAUGGUGAAUGGUUUGAAUAGAUCUUGUAAGUACUCUGGGGUCUGUUUAUUUAAAAUUUUAAACAUUGGUUUAGCUUUCUAUUUUUCCUUCUGGUAUAGAGGUUAUCCCAUCCUAAAUUUAUGUGGAGGGCAGUAUCACUACAGCGGUAAUCGGACUUUGUGAUUACUCUAAUGCCAUGUUUUUUCAGUUUUUUAUCGGCUAAUUCAUCGUUGAGACUAUCCCAAACAGGGAAGGAAUAGUCAAAAUGUGGUUUGAUAAGAGCUCUAUACAGUAGUAUAGCUGUAUCUACACAGAUGUACAGCCUAAGCCUUUUAAGUGCACCUAUACCAGAGGAGAUAGUUCAAACAAUCUCAUUGACGUGUUUGGACCAUGACAGACAUUGGUCAAUGUGAAUUCCUAGGGAUUUAGCAUCAUAUACCCUAUUGAUUACUUGAUCUUCCAAAUGAAUGUUAAGUGAGUGAUUAGCAACAUUUGCAAGUCUCUGACGUGCAUAGGUAAUCCAGGGAGACUUCUUUUUCCCAAUUCUUUUUGUUUUUAAAGGGGUGUGUUAGUCUGUACAGGCCAGUAGUUGAUUUUUCCAGAAUUCCCACAAGUUGUUAUGAUCUGAGAAUUGCCUGUCGUCCCAUGGCCUUUCCCAGACGUCUUUAAGAAACUCCGCUGUUUUGAAAUUCUUAAGACUUCGUUUGGUGAUUACUUUAACACCAUCAGGGUUUGAAUAAUGCAUUUUGCGUAUUAAAUAGAUAAGGAAGUGAUCACUAAUCCCUAAGGGCACAACUCCUGAUCUAACUAUUUUAUCAGGGGUAUUAGUUAUUAAACAUAAGGCAAUGAGAGACUGAGAUUUAGCUGUUACUCUCGUUAACUCUGUGAUUAGUUGUUUUAAACCAUAGAUCUCACAAACAUUAAGGAGUUUACAAGAAUUUCCGUCAGCGGGAUCUGGUAACAGGUUUAUUUUCAUAUGGCCUACAAGAUAGAGCUCCAAAUUUAAACCGUCAACUUGUUUGAUUAAAUUUUCAAAAUCAUUAAGCACCUCUGGCAGAGAACUGGGAGGUCUAUACCAUGCACUAACAAGAAAUGAUAUCAGCUGUAAGGCACUAGUCUAAAGUGGUGAAGUAGAUUAAAUUUUAUAGUCUGCCACAUGUGAAACAAGACAAAACAAAAUAGUAGUCAAGCACAGUUUAAUGAUUGUAGAAGGAUUAGAAUUUUAUUACUGUGGAAAAGAAGUGGAGGAAUGAAUCAGUAGAGUAGUUGCCGCUAAACAUAAUAUAGCUUCCCACACAGAUGUUCUUUUGGCUUGUCACACAAUCUUCCGCAAUGAAUGUAUGAUGAAGCCAUAAGAACAUCUCUAUGUGAGUUUACAGCUGACAGGUUAACUGUUCAAACAGAGAUUAAUUUAUGGGGUCAGGUCCUGAUCCAUAUUGUUACUAUCAGUGGUCUUUCUUCUGCUGGGUAGAACAAUUUCUAGAUUAACCUGCCUAACUUACAGUUAAUUUAGCAUUAUUUUAUCAAAUUCAUUACCGUUAAGGUGUUUAUUUGAGAAAAAUAUGACUUUAAAAUGAGAAAUGACAGAUGUUGGGUUCCUAUAGGCCUUUUGUAUUAGUUGAUCACGUGAACAACUUUCUGUAAAAAUUAACAAAAACAGUUUUUUCUUCAAAAAGUUUGUUAGCACAAAGUGAAAGAGCAUAUUAAAAUUAGGUAACCUGUAAAUUUCAGCUGUGAAUCUCAAAGUAACGAUUGCAACGGCUGCCAAAAUUAGAAGGGUUUGUAUGGGAAAAGCAACUCUUGUCACCCAGUCACGCUUGAAUGGUGUUCCGUACGAAUCCAUGUAAAUUGCAAAAUUUUCAAACGGAGCUCAAAUCUCCUUUUUAUUCAUAACAGGCAAUGUGAGCCCAUUAAUGUGCCAGGGAACGACAUGUUUAAAUUUUCAAAAUUUACAAGGAUUUGAAUGGAAAACCACUCAAGUGUGACUGGGCACCAAGGGUCCAGGUUACUUAAGAGGGUCUGGAUGGGUGGGGGGUUCAAAUGUUAGUUGUCAGUUAAAUUUUCGGCCUUUUGUCUGUUGUCAGUUAAAUGAUGAUUAAUAAUUAACUGUGAAACUUAUUUGUUCAUUUUUGAUCCUAAAUUUAGCUAAAAAGCAAUGUUCUUACCAGGAUUUUCUACACUGGGGUCCACAGGACCCAUAGAAAAGCUAAGAGGGGGUCACGAGGGAGAAGAGCGGGUCACAGUAAGCUACAGUGUAUUAGUACAUCAUGGCGGAGUUUCAGAAUGCAUCAUUUUACACAUGAGCAUGCGCAGAAGUCGUUAUUUUAUGGACGCCGCUAAUUGGGUGUUUUGUAAAGAUGCCAUAACCAAUUAAUGUUUACCUACGUUCUUUUUUACUUGGGCGUCGCCCAAAUAGAGUAAUCGGAGAUCGCUUGUUUUGAGUCAAAGUUGCAAUUGGCACGCAAUACUUGCGAACUUAAACAGGCCAAGCGACGCGAACGACUCGUAUAAGGUAAAAAGCAUGCCGGAAAGAAAGUUCCCACAGCGUGUUGUUGUUGUUGUUUUUUUGUUUUCCUUCUUUGCGCCCUUGGGCUAAAUAUAGUGCGACAUUUCCUGAAAAAGUGCGGGAAUGCUGCAAUGCCAAGGUCUGGUAAGAACACUGUAACAUGGAACAUAUACUGUAACUUAAACAUUAAAAGCGAAAACUGAUGCAAUAGUACCUUAAUUUUUAUCGGUUUUGCUAUUGAAAGCAUUCCACGUGGCCCUCCAUUUCCCAAGGUUUGUUUACUCUCGUCCACACAAACGUUUUUGCUGGCCAGCGUCCAACAUUUCCAACCAUUAAGCCAAUAAAAAUUUAUACCUUUAGAAUAUUGGGACGUAGAUCAUGAGAAAGACGAAGAAACACCGUAUCUGAAUCAUCUCAGGAAAAAUUUACAAUUGCUUUUAUAACGCCUUCAUUAGAAGCCAACGUGUAUGCUGGCGCGUUCUCAGAGCAGCGUAAAUUUAAGAUCAUAGGCUAUUUCCAACGGAUGAUCCUUGACACGUGAUGGGUGAUGGGUUUUACGGUAGAUCAGUAAGGAAAUUUGACACUUAAGCGUCCUGCUGGUAAGAUUAUCCAUAUAAGCGUACAUUUGAUCACAUUGUCUGACGAAAAUAACAAUAACAACAAUAACAUUUAUUAUUUGUAUUGCGCCUUUUCUAUAAAAUAUUCAAAAGCGCAUCACAAUAGUAAUUAACAACUUUCUUUCUUGCACCUCAAAUUGUAGGACGAAGGCUGUUGAAUUCUAAUUAAAUCUGAAAGGUACUUAGGUGAUAGGCCAUGAAAAGAGUGUAACAAUACUAUUAAAAGGCCUUAAAAACGAGUUUUGUAGAAAAUAAAAGACAGUCAGGUCCUUUGUCAGUUGAUAGUAAAAACCAAGGCAAAUGUCUGUUCUCAGUUAAAUUUCAGGCGAUUUGUCAGUUGUCAGUUAACCCCAUCCAGACCCUCACUUAAUUCUUGGUUUGCACAUGACGUCACCAAAAAUCAAACUACGAAACUAUGUUUCUACUUUCACGAGUUAUUACAGCACCUAAACACCUUUAUAUGCAGUACUCUGCACUUCACACUAAUAGCCGGAGAAAAUACCAUAUGAGCUGACUCGCCGCCAUGCCGUCUCUCAGUCCUCCUAUUCAUAUUAACGAGAGAAGUCAAGGGGAGCGCUAGCCUACGGGCAGGCUCACUUGCCAGGUGCAAAGUCUGGGGAAAUUUUUGGCGGUGGAGCCGCCGUCACUCGAGGAUUGGUCUGCUACACGACAUUUUUAGUGUGGUCAAGCAAAGCUGCUCAAAGCCGCUAAAUCACCAGAUAGGGACGAAUGGGUCGUAACCUGAGAUCAGGCCCAAUUUUAGCGGUUCUCAUACAUUCUCUCUAACGGCUACCGCUAAUAUAAGUUUCCAAGCGAAACGAAAGUAGAGCCUGAUCUCAGGUUAAGGACUGGGACCCAGUCCUCUCAGUCCUUUUCUGGUCCUCUACAAAAGAAGCUUGCGGCAUGUGACUCAUUCCGAGAAAGGGAGCUCAGCUGACAUCACUAUACUGCGUUACCUGUGCUGCUGGAAGAUAAAUAUCUGUGCGAAAUGGCCAAUGAUCACUGGCAGACAGAAUGUUCAACGAUCAGCGAAAGAACCAAGUUCAUUUUCAACAACGAGCUGUUAAGCGAUGUGAAGUUCAUCGUUCCUGCGUCAAAUAUUAAUGAAAGUGAAAGCCGGAAGAUGAUUCCAGCUCACAAGUUUGUUCUUGCAAUCGGCAGUCCGGUGUUCUGUGCCAUGUUCUAUGGUAAAAUGGCGGAGAGUACAGACUCCAUUAGACUACCUGACUGUGAGUACGACAGUCUGCUGGAGGUUUUUCGUUACUUGUAUAGCGAUGAAGGGCAGUACAUCUUUUCACAUAUUAUGCUAUUAAUGCAGUAUAUAUACUGCAACAUUUUAAGCAACUAACUACGGUCGGUAUGCUUUUACUGGCCUAAAAUAUUACAAAAAUACCGACUAGCAAGUUAAGCCAUUAGUUACUGGCUUAAAAUGUUACAGUAUGUAUAAGUGUGGUUCCAAAUUAAGCCGUUAGUUAUUGGCUUAAUAUGUGACAGUAUGUGAUAAGUGUGGUUCCAAAUGUAGCCGUUAGCUAUCGGCUUAAAAUGUUACAGUAUGUUAUAAGUUCGGUAAGAAAUUAAGCCGUUAGUUAUGGGCCUAAAAUGUUACAGUAUGUUAUAAGUGUAGUUCCAAAUUAAGCCGUUAGUUAUUGGCCUAAAAUGUUACAGUAUGUGAUAAGUGUGGCUCCAAAUUAAGCCGUUAGUUAUGGGCCUAAAAUGUUACAGUAUGUUAUGAGUGUGGUUCCAAAUUAAGCCGUUAGUUAUAGGCUUAAAAUGUUACAGUAUGUUAUAAGUGUGGCUCCAAAUUAAGCCGUUAGUUAUGGGCCUAAAAUGUUACAGUAUGUUAUGAGUGUGGUUCCAAAUUAAGCCGUUAGUUAUAGGCUUAAAAUGUUACAGUAUGUUAUAAGUGUGGUUCCAAAUUAAGCCGUUAGUUAUUGGCUUAAAAUAUUACAGUUUGUCUUGAGUGUGGUUCCAAAUUAAGCCGUUAGUUAUUGGCCUAAAAUGUUACAGUUUGUCUUGAGUGUGGUUCCAAAUUAAGCCGUUAGUUAUUGGCCCAAAAUGUUACGGUAUGAAACAAGUGUGGUUCCAAAUUAAGCCGUUAGUUAUGGGCCUAAAAUGUUACAGUAUGUUUAAAUGUGGUUCCAAAUUAAGCCGUUAGUUAUGUGCUUAAAAUGUUACAGUAUGUUUAAAUGUGGUUCCAAAUUAAGCCGUUAGGUAUCGGCUUAAAAUGUUACAGUAUGUUAUAUAAGUGUGGUUCCAAAUUAAGCCGUUAGCUAUUGGCUUAAAAUGUUACAGUAUGUUAUAAGUUUGGUAAGAAAUUAAGCCGUUAGUUAUGGGCCUAAAAUGUUACAGUAUGUUAUAAGUGUGGCUCCAAAUUAAGCCGUUAGUUAUGGGCCUAAAAUGUUACAGUAUCUUAUAAGUGUGGCUCCAAAUUAAGCCGUUAGUUAUGGGCCUAAAAUGUUACAGUAUGUUAUGAGUGUGGUUCCAAAUUAAGCCGUUAGUUAUAGGCUUAAAAUGUUACAGUAUGUUAUAAGUGUGGUUCCAAGUUAAGCCGUUAGUUAUUGGCUUAAAAUAUUACAGUUUGUCUUGAGUGUGGUUCCAGAUUAAGCCGUUAAGUUAGUUCCCCAAAAGAGACAAGUACUAACAAUAAAUAAUGGACACUUUUAAGACAGGAUUGAGCAGGGCAAGACUUAAGAGGGAGCGAAGAAUAAAGAACGCGAUACUAACAAUCCUAUGUAUGACACAUCGCGACAUCGCAAAGCGAGGGGGUCGGGAAACAACUGUACUAAGUAAUAAACACUAGAUAAGAUGUGUGAUUGUGUCUCUUUCUUGCUUGGGAGGACUAUGAAGGGUUUAAUUUACCAGAGUCACUUAUGGCAAAAAGUAAUUACCCAAUGAAUGUCCCUCUACUCUGCAUAGCACUUUUACACAUACUAUGAGGAGAUAGGGUUUGGUCUCGGAUUGGGAAGUUAUUAAGAAGGAAAGGGGCUAUUUGCUGUUUUAUAAACAACUCCACAAAACUGGAAAAGAAAUUGGAAUAGUACACUGACUGUAAUUGUUUUGAUUAACGCCCCGCCAUUACCCUCAAAGCACCCAAACUAAUGAAACGUUUCAUUUCGCUCGUGUUAAGCAAGCAUUCUUUCGAAUCUUCAGAUUACGGAUUUCGACGCAGAUGUCGUUAUGAUAGGCCAAUAACUAACGGCUUAAUUUGGAACCACACUUGUAACAUACUGUAACAUUUUAAGCCAAUAACUAACGGCUUAAUUUGGAACCACACUCAUUACAAACUGUAACAUUUUAAGCCAUUAACUAACGGCUUAAUUCGGAACCACACUUAUGACAUACUGUAACAUUUUAAGCCAAUAACUAACGGCUUAACUUGGAGCCACACUUAUUACAUACUGUAACAUUUUAAGCCGAUAACUAACGGCUUAAUUUGGAACCACACUCAUUACAAACUGUAAUAUUUUAAGCCAAUAACUAACGGCUUAAUUUGGAGCCACACUUAAACAUACUGUAUCAUUUUAGGCCCAUAACUAACGGCUUAAUUUGGAACCACACUUAUAACAUACUGUAACAUUUUAAGCCAAUAACUAAAGGCUUAAUUUCUUACCAAACUGUAUAUAUACUGUAACAUUUUAAGCCAAUAACUAACGGCUUAAUUUGGAACCACACUCAUUACAAACUGUAACAUUUUAAGCCAAUAACUAACGGCUUAAUUUCUUACCAAACUGUAUAUAUACUGUAACAUUUUAAGCCAAUAACUAACGGCUUAAUCUGGAACCACACUCAAGACAAACUGUAAUAUUUUAAGCCAAUAACUAACGGCUUAAUUUGGAACCACACUUAUAACAUACUGUAACAUUUUAAGCCUAUAACUAACGGCUUAAUUUGGAACCAUACUCAUAACAUACUGUAACAUUUUAGGCCCAUAACUAACGGCUUAAUUUGGAACCACACUUAUAACAUACUGUAACAUUUUAAGCCAAUAACUAACGGCUUAAUUUCUUUCCAAACUUUAUAUGUACUGUAAUAUUUUAAGCCAGUAACUAAUGGCUUAACUUGUUAGUCGGUAUAUAUGUAAUAUUUUAGGCAAGUAAUAUUAUACCGACCGUAGUUAGUGGCUUAAAAUGUUGCAGUAUAUAUACUGUGAUAACAGCAUAUUAAGCCGUUGUCUAAACGCCCGCGAUGAAGUGAACCUAACCGGAAGUAAUGUGAUGCAUGUUCUGUACUUGGCGAAGAAGUACAUGGUUCCGUUACUUGUUGAUAAAUGCAGUGAGUAUCUGCGAGACAACCUGGAAGCAGCCAAUGUGUUCUCCAUUCUGCCGCACGCUAAGAAAUUCGAGGAUAAAGAUUUGGAAGAUCGAUGCUGGACCGUGAUUGAUAAGCAGACAGAGGAGGCUUUGUCGUCUGCGGAAUUUGGCACCCUUGAGAAGUCACUUGUAGAAUCUCUUGUGAAGAGAGAAGUAUUGAACAUAAAGGAAGUAGAAUUGUUUAAAGCCCUUGAUCGCUGGGCAACUAAAGAAAUGGAUAGACAGGGUAUAACUUCCGAUGGUGAAGCGAAAAGAAUAUUAAUUGGAGAGGAAACCUUGAAGGCCAUCAGGUUUCCGUUGAUGUCACAGAAGGAAUUUCUUUCUGUUGUCCCUGACAGUAACAUUCUGACAAUGAAAGAAGUUGUUGAAUUGAUGAAACAGUUCAAUGGUAUAUUGACUUCCCCUUUGCCGUUCUCGGCAUUCCCAAGAACCAAGCCCUUUAUUAAUGUUACUUGUCAUCGAUUUGACGCAUUACGCACUCCUGGAAAGUGUUGGAAUUACAGGCGUGGAAAGAGUGACCGUAUCUGUUUCACAGUCAGCAAGGACAUACAACUAAUUGGGGUGGAACACUUUGGCAGUAAAGGAAGCAGUUACACAGUCAGUGUUGAUUUGAUUGACACUGUAAGUGGUUUGUGUGUUGUGAAGAAAUCGGGAUCGUACAUCUCAGAGUUGAAACAUCAGGAUACCAAGACGUUUUAUGGCUUUGAUGUUUUGUUUAAUAGUCCAGUAGAUCUAAAGCAGAAUAACUGUUAUGAAUUAGUCUCUCUCAUUAAAGGUGAUUUAUCAUUCUAUGGAGAAAAAGGGAAAACAAAUAUCAAGUGUCAUGGAGUGUCUGUUGCUUUCAGCAACUCAGAAAAACCAUAUGACAACAAUGGAACGAAAGCUGACACUGGCCAGUUCCCUGCUUUGCUAUUUCAGUUAUUUGGGUAG